AUGGCCUUCUUGAUUAUAGAGGUUUUACAGGCUGUCCUCGAGAAUCACAAGAUCAUUCCCGUCAGCAAGACCACCACCGUCGACUUCCUCAAGAAGGCCACCGCUGUGGCCAAGCUUCGUGCUUCUCAGUCUAUCAUCAUGUGCAAAUCGUGUACUAAUAUAUCGAACCUCCUCCACCCCUCCCCCAACGCCGAGGCUGUCCCUGCUGCCGUUACUGCGGCCCUUGGAGCCAUUCUCUCCGCGCUCGACUCUGCCCCCGGCCCCGCUGCUGCCACCGCUGCUGGCAAUGAAGUCUCCAAGAAGACCCUGAAGAACCGCGAGCGCCGUGCUAAGAAGGCCGAGAAGCGUAGGGAGGCCAAGGUCAAGGAGGAGAAUGAUUACGAUUUGAUCGAUUAG